AUGAGAGAUCCCACCACCGAUAUGGAACCAAGCUCCCAACAAACGACCAACGGGUCAACAAGCUCCCGUCGGAAUCCGCACAAGUCGGUCCGUGUCGCUUUUGGCCCUGAUUUAGAAACUACGAUCCCCGCCCGCGAACGAUCCCCAGCCCCAUUGGCUGGGCACCAUCGUUCCCUUACCACCGUGGAACAGAAACCGCCCGCACUCGCGCACCCAGCACCAAGGCCGACAAGCUCAUCGGGUGAUAAUAUUGCCAUCGGAGAAGCUCCCCCUCGCCGUCCGUCCCCUCGGAGGUCGGAAAGUAGCCGGCCGGCCAUGCUAAAAAGGGCCAAGAGUGACUAUGGACCCAGUCGAAUCACCUUUGAUAAAGUAGCAGGAGAUGAUGAUGAAGACUUCGCGAUGCGACACGGGUGGCAAGAGGAAUACACCUCUAGCGAAUACCUCAAGAUUCUUCACUCGGUGAGCUCGACUCAUCCUAUUAACUUCUACAUGUACUUCACCGAGAAACGCCAUGAGACGAACGGUGUUCCCAGGGAUCCGGCUGGAAGCUGGCCCAGCCAGGACUGGCGCAUGAAAGAUCGCCUGAAGACCGUCUCCGCGGCACUUGCCAUUUGUCUCAAUAUUGGUGUCGACCCCCCGGAUGUGGUCAAAACCAACCCUACGUCCAAGCUCGAGUGCUGGGUUGAUCCCACAUCCACCACGGGCGGCGGUCAAAACAAGAUCAUGGAGCAAAUCGGCAAGAAGCUCCAGGAGCAGUAUGAGACCUUGAGUCUUCGCACCAGAUACAAGCAAUACCUCGACCCGUCAGUGGAUGAGACUAAAAAGUUCUGUAUCUCUCUUCGCCGAAAUGCGAAGGAUGAGCGAGUUCUCUUACAUUACAAUGGACAUGGUGUGCCACUGCCAACUCAGUCAGGUGAAAUCUGGGUUUUCAACAAGAACUACACCCAGUACAUACCUGUUCCUCUGUAUGAUCUUCAAUCUUGGUUGGCUGGUCCCAGUCUUUUCGUCUUUGAUGUGUCGCAUGCUGGCAAUAUCGUUCAAAAUUUCCACACGUUUGUCGACAAGCAUGAAAAAGAGAACAUUGAGACUAAAAAGCGAGACCCGAAUGCCGUUGUCCAAAACUAUGGUGACUGUAUCAUACUUGCCGCCUGUCAGAAGGCAGAGUCUCUGCCAACCAACCCGGAUCUACCUGCAGACUUGUUCACUUGCUGUCUGACGACACCAAUUGAGAUAGCUUUGCGGUUCUUUAUCUUGCAGAAUCCUCUUCGAACAGAUAUCUCCAUUGACGAUUUCAGAGUUCCAGGUCGACUUCAGGAUCGCCGAAGCCCACUCGGAGAAUUGAACUGGAUCUUCACCGCCAUCACAGACACCAUCGCCUGGAAUACUUUGCCACGAGCCUUGUUCAAGAAACUUUUCCGGCAGGAUCUAAUGGUCGCGGCUUUGUUCCGCAACUUCUUACUCAGUGAACGUAUCAUGCGUACCUAUAAGUGCCAUCCUAUUUCGUCUCCCGAAUUACCAGAAACACACCACCACCCGCUAUGGAAGAGCUGGGAUCUUGCUGUCGAGAUGGUGCUAUCUCAGCUGCCCGCUCUCAUUGACCAGGAAGAGGGACGCCGCCAAUAUGAGUACCAGCAUUCGACGUUCUUUGCCGAGCAACUUACCGCAUUUGAGGUCUAUCUUUCGUCUGGUCCCACAGAGAAAAACCCUCCAGAUCAGCUACCGAUCGUGCUGCAGGUUCUUCUGAGCCAGGCGCAUCGACUGCGAGCUUUGAUCUUGUUGAGCAAGUUCCUGGACCUCGGUCCGUGGGCUGUUCACCUCGCCCUGAGUAUCGGGAUCUUCCCCUAUGUUGUCAAGCUCCUGCAAUCGGCGGCCCAAGAACUCAAACCUGUCAUGGUAUUUAUCUGGGCAAGAAUUAUGGCGGUUGACUACACGGUACAAAACGAUCUUCUCAAGGAUAACGGCAUUCACUACUUUAUCUCAAUUCUAAACCCUACUUCCCCCAUUCCCGUCGGAAACGCCAGCGAGCAUCGUGCCAUGUGUGCCUUCAUCGUCUCGAUAUUCUGCAAGAACUACCCACAAGGUCAAAAUGUCUGCCUCUCGGCUGAGCUAUUUGACUCGUGUCUUAGGCACCUCAGUGAUGUGGAAAACCCGCUGCUCCGCCAAUGGUCAUGCCUGUGUCUCAGUAUGCUCUGGUGUGAUUUCCCUGAGGCGAAAUGGAUGGGUAUUCGUUGUGCGGCUCCUGCCAGACUCUGCGAAUUGAACUUUGACCCCGUCCCUGAAGUUCGUGCCGCCAUGCUGCAUGCUGUCACCACCUUCUUGGGCAUUCCUGAUCUGACAGACCAAGUGGCUCAGAUUGAAGAGACUUUAGCUCUCGCUGUCUUGCCCAUGUCUGCAGAUGGUAGCGUUGUUGUGAGGAAAGAACUGCUUGUCUUCUUCUCAACCUUUGUCCGACGCCACCAAAACAAAUUCUUGGUCGCGGCGUUCGAAGAGCUCCAAGAAGAAAAGCGGUCUCUGCGUCAGCGUCUUGGAAAUGAGAACACCCAAAUCGUUCCCAGUGCAAAGGAGCCCCAACUUUCUGCCAACACCACCUUUGGAACUAUCUGGAAGCAGCUAUUGGCUCUUUCGGUUGAUCCUCAUCCGGACAUUGCCCAGGAUGCUGCCGUCAUCGUUGAUUACAUCCACUUGUCUCUAUUAGAGUCCCCAAUGGCGAAUCUCGCCAACAAGCUUCAAAGUGAGAUUUUGAAUAUCACCGGGUUGUACAAAGUGCAGCCCCAUGAGCGGACCGAAACAAAGAAAAUCGCACCCCCCUCAACACCACCAACGUCUGCGGCGGCAAAUUCUAGACAGGAGGGCUACCUCUCACUGGGCUUCAAGCGAACCGCCAGCGUUGCCGCCUCCCUUAAAAACCUUGCCUUUGGCAACUCAACCAAUGGAGAGACCUCCGGUGAUUCAAACCCCCCCUCGCCUUCAACGAGUCGAAUGCCAAGCACACCCCGGGGCAGAGCCCCUAUUGAAUGGACUCGACCCCCAGAGGUCAAUGACCAUGUUGCCCCUGCAACAGCCUAUCAUCAGGCGCCCACCCCAACCUCCCGUGGUUUCGAACCUAAAGGGAUUGACGCUUUGCCCGUCAUCCCGUUGAAGAGCAGAUUCCUCGACUGGUCUACGGAAUAUUUCCGUGAGCCCCAGAUGAAACCAAACGAGCCAGAUGAGCCAGGUAGCUCAGACUACAACCAGCGUCUCUGGAGACGUGGUCGCAAUGAAAAAAUCAUCGCCGAAACCCAACCUCUCAAAUCCAAAGCUGGCGCAAGCCGAUGGGACAACUCUGUCGCUCUCUUGUCCAAUGGGAGCCAACCUCACAAGAUGUGUUUCCAUCAAUUCGAGGACCAUCUUGCAGUCGCAGAUGACCGAGAUACUAUCGCUAUCUGGGAUUGGCAAAGUCACAAGCGCCUCAAUCAAUUUUCAAAUGGCAACCCGGCCGGCUCGAAGAUCAAUGAGAUUCGAUACAUCAACGAAGAUGACCAGGCGCUCCUCAUGACCGGCUCCUCCGACGGUGUUAUCAAGCUUUUCCGCCAUUACGAAGCUAAUCAAGACAUCGAGGUGGUCACGGCUUUCAGGGCCCUUCCCGAGCUGAUUCCCAGCAAUCGCAAUGCAGGCCUGGUGCUCGAUUGGCAACAAGGCCAGGGUAAGGCUCUUGUCGCCGGUGACGUUAAGGUCAUUCGUGUCUGGAAUGCCGCUACUGAAGUGUGCACGAACGAUAUCCCCGCACGUUCGGGCUCCUGCAUCACAUCCUUGACUUCCGACCAGGUCGCAGGCAACAUCUUCGUUGCAGGUUUCGGUGAUGGCGCGGUCCGAGUCUUCGACCAGCGUUUGAAACCAACCACCUCCAUGGUCAAGGUCUGGCGUGAACAUAAACAAUGGAUCACCAACGUCCACAUGCAACGAGGUGGUCUGCGAGAAUUGAUCUCAGGUGGCCGCAACGGUGAAGUUCGCCUGUGGGAUCUCCGCAUGGACAACCCCAUCUCCACCAUAUACUCCACCAAGGACACUCUUCGAACCCUGAGUGUUCACGAACAUGCUCCUGUCUUCAGCAUGGGAACGAACCGCCACGAAGUCAAGACCUUCAAUGUGGAUGGCACCUACCUGUCUACAUUCGAACCGUACUCGAGUUUCCUCGGCCACAACCGGUCAUCUCCAAUCUCUUGCACGGCUUUCCAUCCCCAUCGGACCAUGCUUGCCUGUUCCGCGCUGAAUGAUCAUCAUGUCAACCUUGUGUCCUGCUAA